AUGAAUAUAGAAGAAGCUAUAGAUUCCCAGCACGAAGUGGCUACAGAUAAAAUAGAUCCAGCCUUACGAAAUGCCCUCAUUGCGGAGCCCGAUGUUCAUCAACAGUUUGCUUCACUACUUCGACUGCUGAAGUUUUCCGUUCAUCCUGAUGUCCUUCUUCAUUAUUACCUGCUCUUAUCAACUGUGGAAGAAAGUGAGAAAACUCAGCUUCUCAAAUGGCUUGUAUUUUACCGUCAAUGGCACCUGUUCUGGCAAAUUGCUAUUACUGACGCUACUUCUUUGAGCGACGUGGAGGACCUUGUGGAUCUAAUACAUGCUGAGCUUGAAAUAAACCAUAAUUUGACCUUCGGCGUAUGGGAAGUGGUUCGAGCUGCAAUUCAUGAAACAACUACAGCCAGUCUUUUGACGUCUGUUAUAGAGACUGUUGAGUACAAAUUUGGUCUCUCCAAGUCACAACUCAUUAGCUUUAUAUCUUUUAUAAGGGAGCUUGAUAAUGUGGAAACAGAUGACGAGCUAAACCUUCUUGAGGAAAGUCAAUUACAAACGAUGUCAGACAGUUUCAUCUGCAAAGCAUUUUUUUACAGACUCGUCUAA